AUGACAACAUCACCAGCAACAACAUCACAAACGGCGACGACCUCGACACCUGCAACCGGCAAUGCGUCCGCACAGGUGCUCUAUGACACUGCUGGAACAGUGUCGUCUGCGGCAGCAACUGUCGAAACCGUGCAUUCUUCCCUGUCUUAUCGACCACUUUUUUCCUCCGCCGAUGAGCGGCCACGCUUCCAUGCCCCAUAUCGCUGGUGGGAAGACGAGGCACGUACCGUGCUAUGGAGUUUCGACAUUCGACAAAUCAUGCUGGUAAUCAGGUUCGGCCUGUUCAAUGAUGGGAAUCAGCCGCGGGCCGCCUUGCAAAGGAGAGACGCCGCGUUCAUCGAGAAAUUCAUUGAAGGUCUAUUACAGCCGUACGAGCUGCCUUAUCUGCCUGGACUCUCUCAUGCUCAGCGAGUAGAGGAGAUUUUACGCCGGUGUCAGGCCGUCGAACCUGUCAAUGUGCCAUGGAGUCGCUUCCCGACGCGGGCUCGUCGAGUUACAGAUCCAGCGGCUGUUGCACAGGAAAUUGAAGCAGAAAGCCAUUCUCAGUUUAAAAGUGUGCCGUUUGAGACUUGGGUGCGAUAUUCUAUGGGAUACGCUACCCCAGAGGUGGAUUGGUUCCUCCAGCAGCAUACGGUAUUCUACGUCAUUCUAUCAACGUACCUCCAGACCUAUCCGGACGAGCUGCCCAAGUAUCAAGAAGUUGAAAAGAUUAUGAGGACUAAGAGUCCCUUCGCCCAUCGGGCAAUCGUACAAUGUUUGUCUCAGUUCCAAGACCAAGGCAUAGCUGGGAUUUCUCAGGCUCGCAUGUCUGGUUUUGAAUUCAUCGCGGGACCGAUACAGGGAUUGUUUAAAGCAUCUAGCUUGGGACUAUACAAUACCGUCAAACUACUGUCCGUCCUAAGAGUUCGCUUCCAGCAAACAUACAUCCAUGUGCCGCAGAUGGACUGGCACAAGAAGCUUGACACCAGGGUUCCCUUAUUAGACAGCCUACUAGCAUCGCUAUCAGCAGCUGAUCUAGCUCGAUCUCUGACACGUUCUGACGAAUCCAAAUUCGCCCAACUAUCCCGAGACAAGCUCAUGAGCGAGGAUAACCCUACGGUAGAAGCUCUACACGACCGGUGGUCUAUUCUAGCUACAUCCGUUUUUGAAUGUUGUACUGCACUGCCCGAAAUCGUUCCCUAUAUUCAGCAAUGUGCCGAGAUCCUCCAUUCGUUACGCAACUAUAACUCCACAUUGGCGUUAAUUCGGGGCCUCCAGCUCGUCAGCAUGUCGUGUCUAUGGACAACUCUUUCCCCGAAUGGCGAGGAAUCGAUAUCGGUGAUCUCCCUUACGCCGGUUAACUUGGUGUCGAUGUCGGACGCCUCGAAUAAUUAUGCUGCGUACCGAUAUGCUAUGAAGACUACACCGGGAAUACCCUUUCUGAUGCCGCAUGUGGUGGAAUACCGCCGGAAUGGUGAGGUAGCUUUAGAUGAGCUAUUUAUUACGCCACAGCCUCGACCAUAG